AUGGACGGCUCUGAUGAGUCGUCUUUCGUCGACUUCUCCACGCCGCAAGAGACCCGCAACCGAAGCGGCGGACCAGCUCGUCCCAGAGCAUCCGCCAAGCAUGGUCACCUCAUCUCACGCACCACUGGCGAGCCCAAUGUUCCAGAACGAGAUAUUGCUGGACGUCCCCUCCACAACCUCCGUGGCAUCAGUCUUCGCGGCAAGUCACAUGUCAGUUUGCGUGGCGUUCAAGCCUUCAAUCUUCCCAAGUCGAAGCGUCGCCAACCUAUUGCGCGAGACUGGUCCCCAGUUCGGAAGAGAGCUGUCGCGACUGUUGCUUGCAUCAGCACCGCUCUCGUUGGCAUGCUCCUCGGCAUCUACGCAGGUCUGGUUCCUUCACUUCAGUACUUCAUUUGGGAUACAGGCCACGCAAUCAUCAACGGCAACCGAAUGGUGUUGCUUGUUCCUCGGGGUGUCAUGGGUGUCUGCCUUGGGUUUGCGAGCAUGAACUUCCACUCGAUUCUCACGGACCUUUUCGGCGCAUCUCUCAUGAGCAGCAAUCCUCAUCAAGAAGUUGUCGACGACUAUGACACCAGAAGACAUGGAGGGGGUAUGGGAGUUUGGCUCGGAAUCUGGACGUGGUGCUACAUUGCAUCUCUUGGCUUUGGAUUUUGGGUCGGCGCUUGGGUGAUCAACGAUCUUCCGCCGGCUUGGGGAUUCUACAUCAGCGUGGCUCUCAUUGCUGUUGUUCUGCUCCUCAACACUCUUUGUCCGGAAGUUCGCCGCUCAGCUUUCAGACGCUCUGUGGUGGAGGUCAGAACAGGAACCGACAUCUCGCGACGACUUGCACGAGGUGAAGUCAUGAUGCAUCGUGUCAAAGAUGGUCCAAGGUGGUGGGGCCAGGAGAUGUAUCACGGAGUGGCUCUCUGUUUUGAGAUGCUUCGGCAGCCCGGGUUCGCUGUCAUGGCUGUCUAUUCUGGUUGGAUCUAUGCCCAGGUGGUCCUCAUUAUCGUGCUACUGGGUUCGCUCUCGUCGAGAUUUUAUCACAUGCGGUCUCCCUACGUCGGACUCAUGGUGGCAGCAAUGGCUUUCGGCGCCAUAGCCGCCAUACCGUUCCAAAAGGCCAGCUACUUCUCGAGAGCGAGACAUACCCAAGUCAACACCAGCCGUAUGACCUUUGACAGGCAAGUAACUUGGACAUCGCAUCUUCUUCGCCGAACCAUUUUCACCAUCGGUCUUCCUUUGGCAGGCAUCAUUUACGCAUCGGUCUCCAGCGGGCCACCUAUCCAUCCAAGCGGUCCGGCCAUUCUAGCUGCCGUUAUUGGAUUUCUCUCAUGUCUUGCGAUCUCGGAAUGCAAUGGUCUCAUCAUGGAAACAUUCGAUACUUCUGAUCUGCAACCCGGCAUGACAGGCCGGCCACGAGGCAACUCAGGAAACGCACAAAGAAAGAAGAACUACUCGUCUUUCCCCCGCGUCACAGCUGGCUUUGCCAUCUGCCAUACCUUCGGCUUUGUCUUCGCAGCCGGGGCAACUGCGCUGGGCGGCAUGGCUCAACGAAACCUUGGACAGCGGGUGUCAACGGGAGUGGUCGCCGGCAUCUUGUUCGUGUUGACCAUCAUGCUCUCUCUCGUCCUUGUUCGUUUCAAAGAAGUCACAAUCAUUCCAGAGAGCAAGACCGAUGAGAUGGAAAGGUGGACUGCUGCCCGCAGAGAAUCUCUAAAACGCCGCGAGUCCAUACCAGCUGAGGAGAUUGACGAAAAAGCCCUCUUUGCAGAGGAAGAGCCCUGGCGCCCCUUCAUUGUGGGCAAUCCGACCAGCAAGACUCGGCGAGUCAAUGUUCUCGAACUCGGCGGGAUGACACGUUUCACUGAGAUCAGGAGAAGGAACAAGCUUAUUGACUCCAAUGCGCAUGUCAAUCGAGCAGCUUUGGAGGCUGGGCUGGAUGCACUGGAGGACCAGCUCAGCGACGCUGUCAGCGAUAUUGUAAACGAUGCGAAAGACUUGAUCAGAAGGAGCAGUCAGCGCAGCCAGCAAAGCUGGCGCUCGCGACGUCACCACCGAAGUGCGACAAGCGACAGCAGCGGUCAUUCUUCCAUCGAGAUGGACGUCAUUGAUGAGAGACUGGCACACGGUAGCCGUAAUCCUCGGCUGCCCAAUGAAGUUUACAACGAACGAGAAUGUCUCCGAGGCCAGACUGUUGAGGAGGAAGAUGAAGGGUUAUUCGGAGUGGGCCAUGACGCAAAUGGAAGUAGCAGGAGAAAUCGUAACAAACGGGACUAA